AAGAGAGACAGCUCUCUUGUGAGAGGUUUUGAGGGUUAAGAGAACCGAUGACGUGGCAGCUUGUCAUUGGUCGAAUUUGAGACAAAAGAAGAAAAAAAAACACAAAAAAAAAAACACAAAGUAACGCGUAAAAAAAAAACAAAAGCUGCUUCUCUCUUUCUUUCUUUGUUGGCGAUGUCGAAGGCGAUUUGGAGUGAUUUUCUCCGGCGAUUGAGGCAGACGGCGACGAUUGAGGGAAGAAUUGAGUGGUUAAGGCCGGGAAUGAGAAUGAUGAUGCAUCGCAUGUGGAGAUCGGGAAUGAGAGAGAUCACUGCAAAUUGGAGAUCCAAAUUCAAUGGAUGGAGAGUAAUCGAUUCAGCUUGGAUCGUAAUUGGUUAAAUGGAGUGGUUGAACCUGACAAAUCUCACAAGUGGAGAAGGCAUCGAUUUAACAGCCUCUAUAUCAAGUCUAUUCGACUACCACAAACUCGGAAAGACACUUUAUUUGCUACACAUCAAGAAGCGGCCCGUAAAGAUGUCGAACGUGCAUUUGGAGUAUUGCAAGCUCGCUUUCACAUUAUUAAAAACCCAGCUCUUGUUUGGGAUAAGGAAAAAAUUGGAAAUAUUAUGAAAGCAUGUAUCAUACUGCACAAUAUGAUAGUCGAAGACGAACGAGAUGGGUACAACACUCAGUUUGAUGUUUCAGAAUUCCUACAAGUUGAAGGAAACCAAACUUCACAAGUCGAUUUAUCGUAUUCUACAGGUAUGCCUCCAAAUAUUGAGAAUAUGAUGGGCAUGCGAAAUCAACUUCGUAAUCAAAAUAUGCAUCAACAAUUGAAAAGUGAUUUGGUUGAGCAUAUAUGGAGAAAAUUUCGCAACAAUCAACAGAAUAACUAAUCGUUUUUUUUUUUCCAAAUUUAUUUUCAAAUGUAUGAAAUUAUUGUAUCUUUAAUAUGUUA